AAAAGUUCACCUCUUCCCUGACGACACAUUUUAACGUAGUUAAAACAAACAAAAUGUGUUUGUAUGCAACAAAUUGACAACCGAAAACAAGAACUUUAGAGCAAACUAUUUAUCUUGGAGAUUCAGAUGCAUUCAAUACUAAAUAAUCGCCGUGUUAUCUAACAUGCUAAGAGAGGACAAGUGUUUUUAAAAUAUCUUUUGAAUGUGCAGUGUUGAAAGGAAUAUCUUCAGUUUGCCUUAAUCAAUACGCUGAUCAAUCAAUGAUAAAUUAUUCCCAACUUCAAUGUCGAUAAAAUCGCUUGGCUGUGGAUAUUGCAUUUAAAUUCUUUAUUUGUAAUUUUAUGAUAAUGCUAAACUUGUGAUUUGAGUAAAAUUUUCUGCGCUUGGCAAAUGUCACAUAAAUUAUAAUAAUUUAAGGAAAACCAAAUAAAGACUGUAGUAAGAUUAUCAUUGUCUAUCAUAGUACUUAUUACGAAAUUUUGUUUAGUUUAAUAUUCUUAACAAGGAGUUUUCGGACAUAACAUGGCACACUUGGAUAACAGUAACGAGGAAAUAAUGGAAAAAGUUGAUAUAACACGUAAAGGUUCUAGUCAGGACGAGACAUUGCUAGAAUCAAAUUCAGCCAUUGAUGUGUCUAUUUUUGGUGAAUCUAAAGGCUUAGCGGACGUUACGCUCAUUGUGGAAGAUAGGAGGAUACCAGUUACAAAGGCCGUAUUGGAGCUAGCGUCUCCUGUUUUCCUGGCUAUGUUUCAAGGCGACUUACAAGAGAAGGAGAAAUCUGAAAUACCCCUUCCUGGCAAAAGGUUGCCUGCCUUUGUGAAAUUUCUCAAAUGUAUCUAUCCUAACAUCAUGGAGAAAGUUACAGUGGAAAAUGUUUACGAAGUCGUUUAUCUCGCUAACGAAUAUCAGGUUGACCAUCUUAAAACCGCUUGUGAACAGGUACUGUUAAAUGAAAUGAUAAAAUGGGAGGACCCUUCUUCUCCCGGUAGCUGUAGUAAGGUUUAUCAACAUUUAGUGAUAGCUGAAACAUGUCAACUUGAUGAACUGCAAUCACGCUGUAUAAGUAUAGCAUCUGGGGUCACAAAGGUAGACAGGGAGGCAGCUGCAAAAAUCCAUCCUAUUUCAAAAAAGGUGGAAAUGAUUGUUGACAAGCAGGCGAUCAGAAAACUAGAAAUAAACACAUCCGACUUGAGAAAAUUACUGAGGGUCGUUGGUGGUGAUAAUUUACAGGCUGUGAAAAAUUACCUUACAAAAAAACAAAAUAUUCAGCCUCAGCCUGUAUCAACUGGAAUGUUUGGAAACGUUCAGCAGACUUCCAUGUCAGGGUUCAGUCGUGGUUUCGGCCAGACAACGUCGGUCGUUACUUCACCGGCUGUUUUUGAUAUCGACCCUUCAUCAUUGGCAAACAACCUACAAAAGUUACGAUUGGUGUAUCAAUAUGCUCCAGAUUCUGAAGACGCGAAGAAAGAGGCCAUUCGGAACGUUAGAAAUGACAAAUUGAAAAAAGAAUGGAAAACCACUAGUGAGAAAGAGUUUGACCUUCUACCAGAAAAGAUCAAACACGAUAUAAGAGGAAGAGAGGUCAUGAAAUACUAAAACUCGACGGAGCUGUAGGUGUGUUAUGACUUUUAUCGCGCCUGUCUGUAUUUUUGAUCGAACGAGACUUAUUUCUAUAUUUACCCACUUAACUUGGCACAGAUAACCUUGAUAUUGACAUUAAUAUGGGCGCAUAUUUUAUGGAUUUAUGUAUCUCGAGAAAACGUUGCAUGGUUAUUGUUGGUUUUUAUAUUUGUCUGUGUGCUAUGUUAAUGAGUAGGUGUCUAUAGUUCAUUUUCGUUUUGACCAUAGCCUGGUGCCCCUAUAAAAGGUUGUUUUGUUUCUACAGGGUUUGUUCCUGUAUUGUUCAUUGUAUUAAUAAGCAUAUCUUACAAGUUGGUUGUCUUUAAAUCAUUAAAUGUAUUGCUUUUAUGUUAAGUGCUAUUUUAUAUAAACAUCACCUGUAGACGAAAAAAUCAAUCCAGAGCACUGGUAAUAGCUCUUAACAGGUUCGAUAAAGUCCUUAAAAGACAGAUAUCUGAAUAGCUUGCCCUCAUGCCAUUUUCAAUCCUUUAUCUUUCACCCUCGAGUAAGACUACACACAUGUAUAUUCUAAAUAUUUGUCAAAUUAAAGAACUGAUUCACGAAUUGGUAACAACAUAUACCAUAAACAAUUAUAUGGCAUUUUAAGUACGCUAUUGUUUUUGUAUUAAACUAUUAAAAGGAAAAAAAUCUUUAAUGUAAAGUUUUCAGUUUACCUAAAUGCUUUCAUAUCGACUAUAGAUAAUGUAAAUAUCGUUGAAUUUUUAUAUUGAGACAAAAACGUCUUAAGCAAGAAAACACGGUUGAAAGUUAACCGCCCGCAAGAUAGCAGAUAGUUGAUAAAUCUUCAUUAAGGAAGUUAAACUG